GGCAGUUAGGGAGCGCGAGGGACUUGGCUUGGGGAUUCAGGGAUGCCGCGGCUCCUCGGCUUGUGUGUGCUGUGGCUUGGGCUUCCUCUGGUUCGGUUCUCCCGUGAGCUGAACGACAUUAGCAGAGCCAGGAAGUUGUGCGGCAGGCAUUUACUGAAAGAAAUAGUAAGACUCUGUGGCAAUGUUAGCUGGAGCCAGUUUGAAGAGGAAAACCCCCUCACACACCUGCUUUCCCAAGCCGAGCAGGUUGAAACGUUCAUCCCCGACCGGUUGGAAAGCUCCCAAACCACUUUCUCGGUCUGGGGAAGAGGUUCAAGACAAGUCUCUACUUCUGCCUCUCAGGAAGAAGCAAUAAACAAUUUAAAGAUGAAGUCACUGCAUGAAUAUCAGUAUAAAAAGGCCAACUUGCCUUUUAAGACAAGACAAGAGAUAUUUUCCUCAACACAAGACAUCAAUCCAUAUAUUCGUGAGAUUGUAGAAUUUCAGAAGAAAAACACAAACAAUUUUAAAACCUUAAGCAAUUUGUUUUGGGGCUAUCAUCCCCAAAGAAAACGCAGAGGAUACUCAGAAAAAUGUUGUCUAAAAGGAUGUACAAAAGAAGAACUUAGUAUUGCAUGUCUUCCAUAUAUUGAUUAUAAAAACUUAAAGAAAGAAGCAUCAGCAAUUGUGACUGAAAUAUACUAACCAUCAUAGGAAUCAUACUAACUUAAUAAAAGCUUAACAUAUUUUACUUAUUAUUUUAUUUUAUUUUUUGCUAAUUGUCCUUGUAGGUUCCCUGCUGUACACAAUAUCUGAAUGUAUUUACAAGCACCUGACAAUACUUUAUGGUGGCAAUAAGAAUCUCGUUAUUUUCUUUGAUGCCCAUUUUUCAUAUAUUUUUAUAUUUCAAGAAGAUGUUACUGGACAUAUCUAUAAUUCUGUGUAGACAUCUAAGGGUUACCUUUUUAUUUUUGUGAUUAUGGUUGAAACUCUCUUAAGCUGCAUUUAAAUGAAUUAUGGAAUGUUCUUCAUUCCAUGUGUAUAACAUACAGACUGGUGCUCAU